AAUGCGCAGAUUAUCAGCUAUUUUAUUAGCGUUUUAUUGGCUGUUGUCCGCGCCGGGAUCGUUGAACCGGAUGCAACUGCAAUAGUGUCGCAACAACCAGCUACGACGGUUAUCAAAGCCGAAAACUACGAUUCUCCUCGGUAUAGCCUCGGAUAUAACGUGGCAGAUGGUUUCAUGGUGCACGACAACAAGGCGCAGGAAGAGACUUGCAACGGCAAUGUAGUUCACGGAAGUUACAGCUUAAUCGAGCUCGACGGUUCCAGGCGCACCGUCUCCUACGCGGCCGAUCCUAUCAACGGUUUUAACGCGGUCGUGCAACGGGACCAAGACAUCACGGUUAAAACCAUCGCUGUCGCUGCACCCCUUCCUGCAGCGACGUUAUGUCCCGUGAUCGCUGCAACUGCACCAGCAGCAGCGAUUGUCGUGGAUGCACCCCUGCUGAGGCAGUCGUUCAUCUACGGAUCUACGCUGGCCGCGACAAAUGUUGCCGUCGCGAAUUCAGGACUGGUAGGUCUUGGUGAAAGCUUGGGAGUCAGAUCGAGAUCUCUCUACGGUGCACAGACCGUCGCGUCGUCGCGUUAUGGCAGCGGCAAUGUUGUGAAAAUUCACCAAGCAGCGUAG